AAGGCUUAGCAAGCUAACAGGUUACCGAGGCAACGAGAGCCCUUCGGACUUGAAGGUUGUUUGUGAUGAUAUUUUGCUUCCACCUCUGCAGAAGGAAUUGCUAGUAGGCUUGGAAACCGUGGUCCCUCUGAGGCGCCAUAAUUCAUUCAACAAAACAGUAGGUACGUGAUGGAGCAGUACAGCAUUCUGGGUCGCAUUGGGGAAGGCGCUCAUGGCAUCGUGUUCAAGGCCAAACACGUGGAGACUGGAGAGACGGUGGCUUUGAAGAAGGUGGCUCUCAGGCGGCUGGAGGAUGCCAUUCCCAACCAGGCCCUGCGGGAGAUCAAGGCUCUUCAAGAGAUUGAGGAUAACCAGCAUGUGGUGAGGCUGAAGGAUGUCUUCCCGCAUGGCACCGGUUUUGUCCUAGUCUUUGACUUCAUGCUGUCCGACCUCUCUGAGGUCAUCCGCAACGCACGGCAACCUCUUACCCCGGCGCAGGUCAAAGGUUACAUGUUGAUGCUGUUGAAGGGUGUGGCCUUCCUGCAUAACAACAACAUCAUGCACCGGGAUCUGAAGCCUGCCAACCUCCUCAUCAGCUCGUCAGGACACCUGAAGAUCGCUGAUUUUGGUCUGGCCCGCCUCCUCAGUCAGCAAGAGGAUCGCCUCUACAGCCACCAAGUAGCCACAAGAUGGUAUCGUGCUCCCGAGUUGCUGUAUGGGGCCAGAAAGUAUGAUGAGGGCGUCGACCUAUGGGCAGUGGGUUGUAUUUUCGGGGAGUUGCUGAACUCGUCUCCUCUGUUUCCGGGGGAGAAUGACAUCGAGCAGCUGUGUUGUGUCCUCAGGGUGCUCGGGACACCCACCCAAGAAACCUGGCCUGAGAUGGCAGAGUUGCCAGAUUACAAUAAAAUCACCUUCAAGGAGAACCCCGCCGUCCCAUUGGAGGAGAUCGUCCCUGACUCCUCCCCCCAUGCAAUCAGUCUGCUUUACAACUUCCUGGUUUAUCCAUCCAAGCGGCGAUGCCCCGCCCAGCAGGCACUCCUCCAUCCGUACUUCUUUUGCUCACCUCUUCCCGCCCACCAUUCGGAACUGCCCAUCCCUCAGAGGGGUGGCGGGAACCACCUCCACCCGCGAUUGCAGGCGGCACCUGCUGACUUCUCCGUGAACCUCCCCUUGAAAAAUAGCUUGGUCCAGCCCGCUCUGCUGCGAGGACACGCUACCUGCCUGUGAUCGGUCCAACAACUUGGAUGACAGAACCUCAGUGCAUGAUGGGAUUGUGAUGUCACUCACUUGGUGUAGAAGGUGUCAGCGACGCUGCCGUACGUCAUCUCCCACGUGUCGGCCAUUGGAACUCUUCCCCUUCCUGCUCUUCCUCCAUUCGCCAUUCUUUCUCCAUUCCCUGCCAGAGACUCACCCCAGGAUUGGCUGGCAGGCAGCUUUGUGGGCGGGGCUCCAGCGGACCCUCCUUGAAGAAAGAAGGUAGAUUGAAACACUCGCCGCCAUAUUAUUGACAAUCAUCCUAAAAGCGCAAGGAGACUCUACGGAGGUGCUAUGAUCGAACUGAUUCAAAACCCAGGCUAAACUUAGCUACUACUCGACAUACAGAGUUUGUUUCUCAGUCAAGAUGUAUCACUUCAAUAAUACUUUCUUGACACCAGUUAAUACUUUCCUGUUGGCGGAGAUUGGGCGUCAUCCUUAGCAUUACAGAAAGAGCACAAAAAAAUGUGAAUAGGUUCGAUUUCGAGUACUGUACAAUUGUGACCCUAUCAAGACUCACACAAACUAAUAAACUAAUCGGAGUAAGCAACGCAUACACAGACUAGCACGCACACACAUACCAGACAGACCGCUGUCCUCCUCGCUGUUGUCUUCUUCUACAGUUUUUUCCAAGUUGCUGAGAGAUUUGCUCCUGGUCCUGAAGUUCCUCAGCAGGUUUCGAUGUUCCUGGUAUGUAAUAGGUGGACUGUCUGGACUUAUAUGGACUGGCCGUGGCGUCCCGUAAUAGUUGCCUGUUAUCAGAUGGCAAGUUAGUCCGUUUGGAUCAGAAAUGUCAAAUGGUCAGAAGAGAAUCACAUUAUAGGUGAUUGAUUUGAACAUUUAAGAACUCCUUAUGCAUGUGCAAAACAUCAUGGUGGUCUUUAUGUAACAUGGAGGCAAAGGUGGCACUGGAGUUUAGAUUUUGGAGAUGUGUGGUAAUGAAGGGAUAUUAUGGUAUCACCCCACGAAAUGAACUGAGCUACUGCUAUUCUAGGCUUAGUUUGGUUGUCAUGGUAAUCUUGUCGCGAUGUAUUUUGUUAUUCGCCUUUUGGUAUUUAGUUUUUAAAAAAAAAAAUGAUCACUGCCAUUAUUGAAAACAGUUAGCUUACUUUAGUACAAACAUGGCAGUAUUAUUUGUCAGCCCCAACGCUAUUUAUAAGACACACAAUGUUACCUUUGAACUUUCCACUUUCAAGCAGUGCUCCCGACUCCUCCAGAGAAAAAAACUCCUCGAUGGACACAAAGUUGUAGUCCACGCCGCUGAUCUCCCCAUCACGAGGCUGCCGGGUUGUACCUGCCAAAUGGAAAUGUGAUGUCAUCAAAUUGCAACAUCAUCUGUGAGUGAAUAAUGUGUAUGUGUGCACAUACAGGGUACAGCGCGCAGAUAAAGGUUCUCCCGGAUGAGCUGCUGCAGUUGACUGUCCAUGGAGGUUGGUGUGAAACAUUUACUAAGGUACAGACGGAGGUCUUUACACAGAGACGCGCCUGUGAUACAGAGGUAAAAACACAUAUCACAGUUAAAGUCUUAGUUUUAGCGUUUUAGAUCCAUGUUUCCAUCAUAUACGUGUCCUUAAAUCUUUUAAAUCUAUCAGGCUAUCUCUCUUGCAAGUGCGCUAGCAAGCUAGGUAGCUUUUUUGUCAGAAAUGUGCUUUGCUGCCAUCUGUGAUCUUGUUGGUCUGUCAGUCAAUCUGUCCAUCCGUCCCUACAUCCAUCCCUCCAUCCAUCCUUCUAUCCAUCCAUCCAUCCAUCCAUCCAUCCAUCCAUCCAUCCAUCCAUCCAUCCAUCCAUCCAUCCAUCCAUCCAUCCAUCCA